GAUUGUUUUGUUUUUUGGAAAAUUCAUGAUUGAAUCUUUAAAAAUUCUGAACAUUGAAGAAUCUGUAAAAAAUGGAUCAAAUCAAAUAUGUUAUCGAUGAAUUAAAUCAGCCACCAUUUAAUCAGAAUUUAAAUCUAAUUUCUUAUGAUAACCUGCGUGAAGAACAACGUCUUGAUCUUUUGAUACAAAUCCUAAAUAUUGUCGAUCCAAAGUUAAAUUUACCAUUCAUUCGCGUUGGAAAUAUUGAAGAUAUUGUGGCCACCAUUUUGGACACAUUACGAAUAUUCAAAUAUUCGCCACCACCAUCACAUAGUAAUCCCGUUGAAUUUCGUAAGAAUCUUAUCAUGGCCGAUAAAGAUUUGAUGACCAAUAUAUUUGAAUGGCUUUUGCGAAGACUUCCUUUGCUGAAAAAACGAGCAUAUCUUGCACAUUUUCUUGUCAAAAUUGAACUAUCACCAGAUGUUGAAGGUGAUCCAGAUGUAAUGACAUUAUAUCGACAAUAUUUAAAUCUGAUUGAUGAAUUUAAACGAAUUCAUAGUUCACAUGAAAUGCAAAAGAAAUCUAUUGAUUCGAUUAUUGAGCUUCAAAAAGAUAUCAAAACAAUGGAAUUGGAAAAAGAUCAAAUUAAAAAUAAAUUGGACAUUGUAAAACGUAGAGUAAAUUUAGAUAUGAUUGAAACGUCUAAUUCAUCGCAAAAUAUAAAAUUUGAAGCCGUACGGGCUUAUGUAAUGGCACGUCAUGAAAAUGAAAAAUUACAAAGACAAUUACGUGAACAGCAGGAACGAAUUACGAUGGCUAAAAAACAUCUGGAACAACAACAAACCGAAUUGAAUGAAUUAAAUGUACAAGAUUGGCAAGAAUCGAUACAAUCGCCUGAAGUGAUGCUUUAUCGAUAUAAGGAUGAGAUUGAUAUUAAAUCUAAACUUGUAAAAGAUGUACUGCCCAAUGAAUUGACUGAUUUACGGUUACUUGUACGCGAUAUGGAACAGAUACAACAACAUGCAGAUUCAAAUAUUACCGAUCAAUUACAGCGAACAGUCACACAGGUACAAGCUUUAACACAAGAAAUCAAUGAAUUAGUAGAGAAAAAAUUACUUGACAAACAAAAUGAAGAAGAUCGUCUUUCACAUUAUCGACAAAAUGCUCAAGUUGUUGCCAGGAAAAAAGAAGAAACAAUCAAACAAUGUGAACAAUUAGAACGAACAUUGUCCAUUCAACAAGCAGAAUUGGAAGAUUUGCGGGCAAAAUUCUCUGUAGAUGGAGAAUCAGCGUUACGUGGUGAUGCUCUUAAAUUAUAUAUUGAAAAAAUAUCUCGUCGUGAAACCGAAAUGAAUGAAAUGAAAGAUGAAUUAAGUAGAAUAAGUAGUGAUAUUGAUGAAUUACAAUCGAAACUUCGAUCAUUACGACAACAGGAAAAAGAAACAUUGGAAGAGAUUCAUGAAAAUGAAGAAACAUUAGGAUUGGAAGGUUAUUUUCAGAUGAAAGAAUCUACUCUUAAUACAUUGUAUGAAGAUGAUAAUGGUGAUGGUAUCGAUGAUAAUGAUCAAGAACAAUUAGAUUAUGAAGAAAUAAAUAGACAAGUGGAUAAUUUUCAAGAUCGAUUGGAACAUGUCAAAUCAUCUUUGGUUAAUGUAACUAAAGAGAUACGAAUAUUGAAAGAAGAACUGAAUGAAGCCGAAUCAGAAUAUGAUAUGAAAAAACGUCUUUAUGAUUCGGCAGCAGCCGGUUUAGAAGCCGAACUAAGUCGAAGCGAAGCUGAAUUCGAAAGAUUGAUUGGUGAACGUGAUGAUCUAAUUGGUGAACAUUUUGAAAUUGAAGCACGUUUGUUAGCAAUUCAAAUUGAACAAACAGAAUUACUUGGAUCUGUUGAUAAAGCGGGACAAAUAAUCGAACAAUUAAAAACCGAAAUUGAUUCGGAACAAAAAUUACAAGAAAAUCUUCGUCAACAGGAAACCGAAUGGAAAGAAAAAGAACAAUAUUAUAAAAAACAAAUGGAAAUGUGGCGCGAUCUACGUGUAAUAUUCGAAAUAAAAUCACGUUUAUUGACAAAAAAAUUAGAGGAAAAAAAUCAACAAUCAAAUUCAAUGACAAUGAUUAAAGAUCAUUUAGUUCUAAAUGAUUGAUUAGAAAAUUUAACCAAAACAAAAUUUAUUAACAAUAAACUAUAAAACAUAAUAAACAUUUAUGAUUGAUCAAUUUCUUUUCAUUUUCGGACGACGAUG